AUGGUAAACAUGUUUAAUAUCAGAAAAAAUAAUGAGAUUGAAAUUAAUGUCAACAAUUUUGUUGUUAGUUUGACUAAUAUUUCCCUUGAUACUCAUGAACUUAAUGUAAAAAUCUUAUUCAAACCUGAUAGUACAAAUCCUGAUGUUGUAAUUUAUGAUGAUAAUAAUAAUAAUAUAAUCAAUACUAAAGAAAAGAUUCCUUCAUAUUUUGUUAAACAAAGUGAAAUUAAAAUCGAAAAUUUCUUUCUAGUUGGGCCAGAAAUGAAAGAAGCAUCUGAAAAAAUUGGAUUAGAUGUUGAAUUUAUUCCUGAAAUAAAUAAAUAUAAAGUUUCAACACCAAAAAAAAUGAUUAAAGAAAUGUUAAAACACUUUAAGUAA